AGGGGCGCUCCGACUGAGGAGCGGGGGGGCUUUCUGGCGCUCGCGGCUUUGUGGCUCGGGGUCUGCGUGUUUUCGGGGGGUGGGGGGCUGCGCCUGAACCAGCUCGGAAGAAUGACUCUGGAGUCCAUCAUGGCGUGCUGCCUGAGCGAGGAAGCCAAGGAAGCCAGGCGGAUCAACGAUGAAAUUGAGAGGCAGCUCCGCCGAGACAAGCGGGACGCUCGCCGAGAACUCAAGCUGCUGCUGCUGGGUACAGGAGAAAGUGGCAAAAGCACAUUUAUCAAACAAAUGAGAAUCAUCCACGGUUCAGGAUACUCUGAUGAAGACAAAAGAGGGUUCACAAAGCUUGUGUAUCAGAAUAUAUUUACAGCAAUGCAGUCCAUGAUCAGAGCUAUGGAUACACUCAGAAUCCCAUACAAUUAUGAGCAUAAUAAGGUCAAUGCACAAAUAGUUCGAGAAGUUGAUAUAGAGAAAGUGUCCUCAUUUGAGAACCCCUAUGUAGAUGCAAUAAAGAUCUUAUGGAACGAUCCUGGUAUUCAAGAAUGCUAUGACAGACGACGGGAAUAUCAGUUGUCAGAUUCUACUAAAUAUUAUCUUAACGAUUUGGACCGCAUAGCAGCCUCUGGAUAUCUACCCACUCAACAAGAUGUUCUUAGAGUUCGGGUUCCAACUACAGGAAUCAUUGAAUACCCAUUUGACUUACAAAGUGUUAUUUUCAGAAUGGUGGAUGUGGGGGGACAGCGAUCGGAACGAAGAAAAUGGAUACACUGUUUUGAAAAUGUCACCUCCAUUAUGUUUCUAGUAGCUCUUAGCGAAUAUGAUCAAGUACUUGUGGAGUCAGACAAUGAGAAUCGAAUGGAGGAAAGCAAAGCACUAUUUAGGACAAUUAUCACAUAUCCCUGGUUCCAGAAUUCUUCAGUCAUUCUAUUCUUAAAUAAGAAAGACCUUUUAGAGGAGAAAAUAAUGUAUUCACAUCUAGUUGACUAUUUCCCGGAGUAUGAUGGACCUCAGCGAGAUGCACAGGCAGCAAGAGAAUUUAUCUUGAAGAUGUUUGUUGACCUGAAUCCUGAGAGUGAAAAAAUUAUCUACUCCCAUUUCACGUGUGCCACAGACACAGAGAAUAUCCGCUUUGUCUUUGCUGCCGUCAAGGACACUAUCUUACAAUUAAACCUGAAGGAGUACAACUUGGUCUAACUGUGCCUCUUAGAUCUCUACCCACCCACUUUGGGCAAUUGAAGAUAUUCAAGAGGGACUGUAUUAUCUGUGAAAACGAUCUGCGUAAUACUAAUUUAUUGCUGGCCUGGACUCUGUUAAUAUUUGCAGAGUUUGUAGUAAAUAUUACAAUUUUAUUUAAACUUUACAGAGGAAAAGAAACAAAAGAUGCUGAACUACAUUCACAGCUCAUUUCCUCUUUUUUAAGUCAAAAUUUUGUGACUUAAUGUGUUCUAAAUUCUCAGUUGUGCACUCACAAAAUGAUAGGGGUUUGGGUUGAUUUUUUUGUUGUUGUUGUGACUGAAGCAAAAUCAAGUUGGGCUCUCCUAUUGUCUCUGCCUGUGUCUGUCUUGAUUUACCUUUUUCAGGUACAAUACCUAUCCCCACAAAUUUCAUUUUCAGGUUUCCUUUUUAGAUUGGGGGGAGGAACCCGUCACUAGAAUUUAAGCCAUAGGAAACUGCUUUUAUGAGGGAUCAAAUCUAUUGGUGUUCUGGUUUUGUUUAACUUUUGGCAGAUGUAAAGUAUACCUACCUUUUGGUAUCAUCUUUGCACUGAAGGAAUGUUGUUCAUUGGGAGUAUUAUAGAUUUUUAUCCAUAACAGUACCAUAGAAAUUAAACAAACUACAUAGAACACAGCAACAAAUUACUGAGAAAGGACAUUUUUGAAGCAGAUUAGCUUUUUGAUCUAUUUACUCUCUUCCAAAACCAACCUUUAAAAAAGAUCUCCCCCCUCCCCCCCCUUUUUUUUUUUUCUUCUUAAUCACAAAUGCCAAAUAUAUACCUUGGAAAUACUAUGGUCUGGAAUGACUGUUUUUUUAAAUUAAGCAGACUAUCUAGAUUUCUCAUCCCAGUUUCAGAUUUUUAAAAAUUGUGCAGAAAGUAUUGGCCAGAUUUGGCUCUUCUUAUAAACAGUGACUGCAAAAUAUAAGAUGGUGAUUUGAGAUGCCAAGUUAACUGAUUGAGAAUCUCUUCCAGACAACUGCCAAAUAUUAAAACAAAGAGAUUUUAGCUUUUUUGUUUCCUCUUUGUACUAAAAAGCAUUCCAUUUCUCAACGCCAACCUUUCCCCCAUAACAUUAUAAGUAAAAAAUGGUGCUACAUACAUAUGCAUAUGGCUAAAUUCAAAAACAGUUUUAAUACUGUAUUUAUAAAGUGCUAUAAGAUUGGACACUGUUCUUAUUUUCUUUUCUUUAGUAAGGCACUUUUAAUGGAAAAAAAACAAAAUAGCUGAGAGAGAGAGAGAGAGAGAGGGAGAGAGAGAGAGAGAGAAUGUACAUAUAAAGCUAUAUUUGUGUGUGAAAUGACAAAAUGGAAGGCUAAACUAUAUAUAACUGAGAAAAAGUCCAGUGGAUUCAGAAGAACGGCUUCUGAGUAAAUAUAUCAGUUUUAAUAAUAGAAUGGGGGGGGAUCCACUAUACCUGUUUUGAUGGACAUUCUCUCUCUGCCUCUUUUCUCUCUCUCUCUCUCCUUUGGAUGAAAUCAGAUUUUUAAAAUUUUGUGUAAAACAACUCUGUAAAUAAAAAUUGUCAGUUUGGAAAAUUGUACACAUGAGGUAGAAAAGUCAGAUACGAAAUUCGACUAAUUUUUCUAAAAGGUGAUUUUGCAGUUGUAGGAUUAAAAUAAAUUAUCUGCAUUACAUUUUGGGACACAGAGGAGACAACGAAUGCGAUAAAUUACAACUAAACCUCAAGUGUAGGAGCAAUCUGCCAAGCAUUAGUAUUAUUGGCACAAGGGCCAGAUUCCCAGUGUAACAUUCUUAAAAUAAUGCUUCAUGGAUAAUCUACAACAUAUUACUAAUAAAAUUUCUAUUGACCCUUAAUUCUUUAUAUUAAAAUUGAUUAAAACUUGGAUUGCUUUUGUUCCCUAAUCAUGAAAUCUUGUAAUUUUAAAAAAGUAGGCCUAGUGCAAUUAUGAAUGCUAUAAUCCUUGUGAGAUAUGUAUACGUAUAUGUAUAUGUAUCUCACAGCAUCCAUACAGGCUUUGUAAUCAUUUUGGGCAGAUUAAAUGUGCUGUAUUGAUAUGUAUCUAUGUAAUUGUAAUGUAUGUCUUACAGAUAAUUCACAAUUUAAAUAAUGUUAUUUUAUUUACUUUUUUAACAGAGAAGAAUGUACAUUUUGUCAGUUUAUUUCUGACUAGGUUUGUUUUUAAUUUUUAUUUACAAACAAUUAUUAUAGUUCAGAGUGGUACUAGAAUUAUGCAGUAUAAAAUCAUUUGCACUGCCCUGAGAAAAAUUGGAGUGGACAUUCACAUGCACAUGCAUACACAGAGGAAUUUAAGCUCUUUUUUGUCUGAUUACAUUGUUCUUUGGCAAAUGAAAAGGUUAGUUUGCAUCCCCAGUCUUUUCAUGGUAAAAAUGGUUUAUUUUUUGUUUUGGUUUAUUUUUUACCACAAUGAGGAUUCUCUGUGGCCACAUGAUAUUGAAAGCAUUUAUCAGCUAUCAAGAGUCACUGAGCUAGCAACUCUGCAAUUAGUUAAGCUUGUCUGCUUUGAUAAGGAAAUAGGAGCAUAUGUUGAAAACUAUCAUCAUCACAAAAAGGGAUGAUAGUAACAACUUUGCAAUAAAUUUCCAGGUGCAACAACAGUAUCAUGAAAAAUCACUUUGGGUUGGAAGCAUUCUUAAAUAUAGGGUGCACAUUUCAACAUGUAUUACAUUUUUUUGUAUUUGUACUUCCAACACCCAGUGGAAAUUGGAAACAUACAAUUGCUUCAUGCCACCAGGGGAAUUCAUUUUUGCAAUAGGAAUUCAUAGGAAUUCAUUUUUGCAAUAGUUAUCACCUGUUACCCUCUCCAGUUUGGGUCAGCUGUCACUUCUUCAUUUAUGUCAUAUUUCAAAUUUUAGUUCAAACUAACAUUUGAAAAAAAUGUAUUUUUCUUUAAAUGUGACAUUGUUGCAGCUGAUACCUUUAUAAAUAUUUCAUGUUGGAAUGUCAAAAUUAACUCUAAAAUUGGCACUGUAGGAGAAAAAUGACACAUAAGUCUUUUCUUACAGCAUUAAGGAUUUUUCCUGAUUUUGAUGCAAAUGAAGGAUAUCCUACAAAGGAAUUAUUGUUUAUUUAACCUUUGAGCUUUUAAGAAUGGAACUUGAGGUUUUAUAUAUAAAUGGCAUUACCAAUUUUACAGGAUCCUUCAGCUAGGAAGACUGCCAUUAUAGGAGCUGAAUCUCCGCGUAGCAUUUGAAAUGGCAAACCCCUCACUCAGUUUACAAAGCUUUCCUCCCAGUUCUGAAUGGAGACAAGGAAGAAGUGAUAGCAAGCAAAUAACAAAAUGAUCAGAAAGUAGUUAGUAGCCUCGGCUUAUCUUUCUCAUCACAAUUGACCUUGUGAAAGCGACUUUGUAUCUGAUGCCCAGGAUCUCAGCCAGUUCUUCAGUGAGGCCUGCACGUGAAAGCAGUGUAUACUUGGAAAAGAAUUCAGAAAAAGUGCUUUGAGCUUCUUGUAAGGCCUGCUAUUUCUUAAAGAAGCUGCCAUUUUUCAGGCUUCUUUGCGGGCCUGCAAAAAAAAUCAUGUCUGUCGGAAGAAAUCCAUGCAUUAAAGUUAAUGAGACACUUAAAGCAGAUGAAAUUUUUCUUCAGCUUCACUCAAGCAUGAAGAAGUAGAAAGGUGCUGUGGGGCUUGUGAUUGAGGUCAGAAAAAGUCAGAGCCCAGGCCUACCAAACAUUUUUUUCUUCAAUGGAAGUGGUAACUGAGUCCCAUAUCUGGUGUAUGACAAUAUCUCUUCUCUUAAAAUGGGAAGAAGCAAACCUUUUCACUUCAAGUGGAUUUUUUUCUUCUAUUUUUUUUUUUUAAAAAUAGGUUGAAGGAAGGAAAGAACAGAAGAGGUUAAAUAUGCUGUGGGAUGUGGAAUUGUUCUUUAUUAUGGAUCUUUGGAAGAAUUUUGGAAGCAUCAGAAGAAGGGAGAAUCAAAAACUAUGAAGUGACAACCUCAACUGAGGCCAUCAUCUGGAAAGACCUCUGUAAUUUUAAAUUUCCAUAAUAAAGAAUUUAAACAUGACAUUUUUUUCUUAGCUAUAGUAUAGAUAAAUUACAUUUUUGUGGGAAUAUUCUGAAUUUGAAGGAAAACUUUGCCAAGGCAACCUAACUUUGAAUUGCAAUAGCUACCUUGCUUUAUGCCAGAGAUCAAAAUGCAACAUAGAUUUUUAAAGUGGUACUCCUUAUCCCAUUUAAGAUUUAUUAUCUGAAGAUUAAGGUGAGGAUAGUUACGGGUGUGGUUUUGGUAUAUGCCUUAACAGAUUUUGAGCCCAGAUAUCAGUGCCUCCCAAGUUAUCCAAAGUAAACUUAAGAUGAUUUGUAACUUUGCCAAAACAAUGUAACACUGCAAAUCAGUUUCUUGGAAAGCUGUGUCUUAAUAAUUAUUAGGAUCCCAGCCAACCUGAAAUUUGUUUUUACGUCUAUUUUAUAUUUAAUGGAAGUUGUGCAACAGUGUUUCCCAUUCAAUUCAAUGGGGCUUGUCCAAGAAAGCUGAUGAAUCAUAUCCAUGCAUAGAAAUGAUCUUACCAGAGAAAAUACUCACAGCUUCUCUUUUUCUAAAUCUCUUGAUAUCUCCCAUCCUCAGUCCAGACAUACAAAAAAUGAAUAAAUGACAAAAAGCUUUUCCUUUUUUAUUCAAAAGUAUUCCCAUUGUGAAGAUUAUCUGAACCAGAUCCAUUUUAAUUGUACCAUGGCAGGAUUUUUGUUUUCCAGGUUUUAAAGGGAACAGACUUUUUAUGUGAUGUAUCAGUCAAGAAUGACUGCAUGAUUUGCCCCCCCCCCCGAAAAAACCCCAGAAAAGAAAUGAUAGGGGGAAAUGUCUGCAUAUUAAAGAGACCGCUGGGCUUUACCACAGCUUUUGGUUGUGAGCUCCAAAUUGCUUUUGACGUACAGGUUGACUUCUCCCAUUUGUUUUGGAAUUUUCACAAAAAAAAAUUAAAUGAUUAAAAGAAUUUUAAUAAGUGUUAAAACACAACAAAAAUAAAAUGUACACCGGGUGUAAAUAUGUGCUCCUCUUCUUGAAUUUUUUUUGUAUUUCAAAACAAAACAUUUUACUGAGGAAAGCAUCCUUUCACGCCUGCAGCAAUAGUACCUUCAUUUCACAAGUGGUGAGAACAUCCAAAUCCACAUUCAAGGAUCUCUGCAGGUGGGGUUAAAAAAAAAAUCAAGGUUAUGGCCACAACCAUAUGAUGGAAUCCCACUUCUUUUUUAUGUGGAAUGGCUGUGACUGCUAUCAUUACAUUUUUACCUCUUCCUAAAGCCCUAUUUUAGGGGAAACUAACAUGGCUUUGGAGUUCCCUCACAUUGCUGACCUCAAAUUCUGGAAAAUAUUGCAAAAGGCUAAUUCCUGUUAUUUAGGCAGAUUCCUGGCUUUUGUAAAUAGCUUUUUAGCCCACAUGCCUCAUAUACAUACAUCAUAGUCGAUAUUAAAUGUAUAUUUUUGUUAUAUAGCCUUAUUUUAAUUUGGAAACUCAUUUGCACAUCAUUAUAGCCCCUAAUCUGGAGUUUUGUGUUCGCUAUUUGGGCCUUUUAAGUGAAUGAGACAUUAUUCACUUAAAGAUACAGUGUUAAUAAAUAUUUCUGCUUUGAUCUCUCUAUUGAAUUGAAUUGUCCAGGAAUAAUUCACAAUAACUCAUUUACACAUUGCAAGGCAUGCUUCAUCAGCAGUACUUUUCCAUUUUAUUCUAGUAUAUUGGAAAACAUUUUAACUGUGAUUAAAUAGCAUUUAAAACAUGGAUAAUCCCCGUAAUUGUUAUUAUGCCUAUAUUCUUGCAAAUGGGUCACUUUCCUUGUAUUUCCUUCAAAGUAAACCUUGAAUGCAGUUAACUACAAUUUUAUAGACAAUACUUAUGUUUGAACAAGUACUUUGGAAAUGAAAUGGGAGCUAGUAAGUUUAAUCAGAAAGACUUGAUACAAGAUUUAAAAAGUGCCAGGUAGCAGAAGGAUUCAGCCAUGUGUCCUUCCUUCAACAUACUUGUAAAAUUCAAUUUGUUAGUGAUUUCUUUAUAACAAUAUCUUGAAAGCUCGCCUUAUAGAACCUACAUGUUGACCAGAUGGGACUCUUGUACUUUUAACUCAGCAGUAUUUUAUUACUUACGCUUGUUCUUAAUAUCCUUCAAAUGCAUGUAUCAUCUAUGGUUUGAGACUGAACAUUUUUGACAUCAGCUACUGUAUAACAAUACCCAAAUGACUGCACUAGUUAUGAUUACAGCAUUUUGGCCAUACUUUUGUACUCCGGCAUCUUUCUUCCUCUACAUUUGCAUCUCUUAAAGUACUUUUGGCUCAUUGUUAUCUUUAAAUGCUCUUUUAUAAUUAUAGGAAUAAAUACUUUUAUUCCCA